AUGGAUAUUGUAAGAGGGGCGUGCUCCGUCGACAAAGUCGGAGGGAUGGUCUAUAUCAGAGAAGAUCUAGCUCCGCUGAUUCUAGAAUGGAAGGCGAUAGAAGCUGACAAGACCUUGUCAAUCCCUUUGAACUCCCUCACUAACCUUCAAUCAACCAAAGAGACUAGUCCGAAGAUGAUUUUGAAAAUCGUGUACAAGGACGAUAACGGAGAGGAAGUGCCUGUGAAAUUCACAUUUAGUAAUCGACCCACUAUGAAUAAUGUCAAGGAUUCAUUGCAGGCAAUUGUUGCCAGAAGUAGAACCAGAGUUGAAGCAACGCCAGUUUCGGCAACAGCAACUCCACCAGCAUCAUCAGCUGGCGGCACCCCAAGCACAACUACACCCACCGGUAGCGCCAGUACUUCUGCGGCUGCUAGUACUUCCACUGCAGCAGUUCCCGCAGCCACAGUGGUCGAUCUUUCUGAUGCAGCUCUUCUUAAAAACCUUGCCUUGCAACAAAAACUCCUUUAUGAAGAUAAAACCCUUCGUGACACAUUCACAAAAACCGUCAUAACCUUGAAUCUAUCACCGACAAUCUUUUGGUCCCUGAGAAUCCCCCAAUUACGAACCUUUGCAUUAACAAUCUCCCAACAUCGAGGUCCAUAUAAUGUGCUAUCGACAAUCAAGCCAGUGGCCACCAGUGAUAAUCAAGUCAAUGUCAAUGUCACACGAGAAAUGAUUAACGAAAUUUUUGAGAUAUAUCCUGUGAUUAAAUUGGCGUUUGAUGAUUUAGUUCCUCAUAAAUUCAAUGAGGGUGAAUUUUGGUCACGAUUUUUCAAUUCGAAGUUGUUUAGGAGAUUACGUGGUGAUAAGAUCAAUUUGGGAAAUAUCAGAGGGGACGUCGUGUUAGAUAAGUAUUUAUAUGCGGAUGACACAAGAAAGAGAAAGGGAAGUGUGAUGGAAGUUGAUAAUGAUGCUGAAGAGGAGAAUAGAAAAAGGCAAGAUGUGUCGGUACAUAAGUUUUUGGAUUUAUUGGGGAAUGAAGAGGAUAAUUCUCAGAAAUUGGGGAAUAAGCCUGAUUUUACCAUGAGAUAUGAUGAUACUACUGCUUCAAAGACUACUGGUGAGAAUGAAAUGGUUGUAUUAAUGAGAAAUAUGAAUAAGUUGUCAUCCAAGAUGAUGUCAGUGGCCGAACCAGAGGAACAAGAAAAAGAAAAGCCAGAAUUCAAGGGAUUAUCUUCAGUGGAAUUCCAUGAAUAUGACGAAGAACUCAACCUCCAUGAUUUGAAUGAUAUUACUUCCCAAGAAUAUGUUAAACUCAACAUUGAUCCAAACCUAACCACUCAUUCAGCCCAGCAUACCUCCCAGGCCGAUGUUACUGCAUUACAAUUAUCAGAAUACCUUAAAAACCAAUUCACAUCACCUCGAGUUGAUUUGACAGACACAUACAAUGGUAAAACUGCCGAUAUUGAACGCUCUUCCAAUGAAAUCACCACACUAACGAAACACAAUUUCCGAAAUUAUAAACUGAUAGAUAAUAGAGGAACAAACAUUGUUCCGAAGGAAAUAUCCCAAGAAAUCAUAGGUUACAAUAUCACCACCACAGAAUUUCUUUCUCAUUUCUGGGGAUUGUUCUUGCGUGGGAACAACCCUGGUCAAUUACGUAAACUAUUCACCAGUUUAAAGAAUAGUAAAACGGGAAUAACAGAGUUAAAAACAAAAGCAAUGGCGAAAUUGGAACAAAUAGAAGUAGUUAAAGCCAGUGAAAAGGUGAAAGAGCGAGUGGCUCGAGAGUUGAAUGCGUGUUUGGAAGUUUUAGAAGUGGCUAUUGACCGAGCAUGCAGUGAAUAUAUCGCUGCUGUUAAACAGAGUACAGGUGCAAGUGCAACCAAUGGAACUCCCGCAAUUGGAACUAGCACUCCUAUAGCAGGAACUCCAGUACCAGAAUGA